GCCGCCCACUUCCCUGUUCAGCCCUUCAGCCCUCAUGGCGUUUUAUUUCAGGAGAGGCCGAAGAGGCCAGUUUAAACAUAUAGCUCAUGGCCUGAUCCCUGCAGCUACCAUAGCUCCUAAACCUGCUGUCCCCCGCACCCCUCCCCCUCGUAGUCCAAACCCUUCUCCAGAAAGGCCCAGGUCUGCCUUGGCAGCAGCUAUUCUUGUGACAACCCUAACUGGUCGGACUGUUGCUAUGCCUCAGCCUCGUCAACGGUCUUUUUCUGAAAGUGAUACCAGCUACUUGCAGGAUCAAGAAAACUAUAUUGAGCCAUAUGCAACAGUCACUGAGCUGCGAAUGGGUCCAAACUGGAAGAGUGAUGGUGAUGAAAGGAGUGCUGUGCAGUCUUUGGAAGUAUCCGCCAGUUGUUGUGACGAUGAAGACAUGGAUACGUAUCCUUCAGACACUGAAAAAGAGCCAGAUCCAAGCUAUCAGGUUAUUGAUAAAAAAGAAGACAUCAGCAGGGAGGCUUUGUAUGCUGUUCCGCACAAAAUUCAACAGGAAAGUCUCCCGGUAUCAACUAGUGGCAAUGGUGAGGGAGAUGAUUCUUCUAUCCGUGAACCUGCUUGUCUCAUUCAUCCAACUAUCCAGGUGGAAGAAAUUGAACACUCUGGAGCGAAUUUUAAGGUAGAAAAAAACUCCACUGAAAAUCCAUUGAAUGAAAAGCCUCCACCAUCCCCAGACAUAGCAAUUCGCAGAAAGCAAAGCCAGAUGGAUCUCCCUAGAGAAAAGUUCCAGAAGUUAAAAGAAGAAAAUUGGCAGUUAAACAAUGCAAAUGAGACCCUAUUUUCACAACUUGAGGAGACAAAGCAGCAAAUGAAGGAAUUCCAGUUAAAAGUUAAGAAACUUGAAAAUGAAAAUCGACAAUUUAAAGAAACUGCACGGAAUUCACAUGAUGAGGAGGAACUUGCAGAAUUGCUUUUAUUAAGACAACAGGCCCAGGAACUGGUGGAUGAAAAUGACAGUCUGAAAAUGACUGUUCAUCGUUUAAAUGUGGAAUUGAGUCGCUACCAAGCUAAAUACAGGCCAAUUUCACCAAAUGAGGGUCUAAAAAUUGGAAGCCUGCCAAUGAAAAAGCCAAUACCCCCAUGGCUGCUCGAUAUGAAAUAUUUAUCUCCUCUUCUGCUGGCGUAUGAAGACAGAAUGAGGGAAAAGGAAGACUUGAUUCUUGCACAUGAGGAGGACAUGAAGAUAUUUAAAGCAAGAGUUGAAGAGGUAGUGAAGGAAAAUGAACAGUUACACCAGAAACUAAGUAAAAAAAGUUCUGUUACCACCAAAGAAUGGCAACAGCUGCAAAGCCAAGCCAAGCUUGUCUUAGAGGAGAAUACAGUACUAAUGGAACAGCUUAAAAUACAAGAAGCAAAAGCAAAAGAUUGCCUCAGCCAACACGUCCAAGAAGUUUCCAAAUUAACAAAACAGCUGAUGGCUUUGGAAGCCAAAAAACAGAGCCAAGAAGAGGAGCUGAGAGAGUGUCAAAAGCAGCUGGAAGGAUUGCACUCCACAUACAGAGAGCUGAAAGCCAGCAUUAAAGAUCAUGUAACUGUGAAGGAGCAUGUGGCUUUGGUAAAUAAAUGUAAAAGCCAGCUGAAGGAAGAACAGGAAAGGAGAGAGACAGAAGCACAGGAAUUAAUGGGAAAGCUGGUAUCUGUGCAAGCAGAAAAAAAGAGUCUCCUAAUAGAGAAAAAUGACCUAGUGGCUGAAAACAAGGUCCUGGAAGCCGAGCUGGAAAUGGCACAAACAACGAAGAGGCGAUCACAGAAGAAAUUGGGUUUUUUGAAGCAGCAAUUGGAAGAAGCAAUGGAAAAGGAGAUGGCAGCACAUCAGUAUCUAGCAAACCUGAUCAGCCUGGCAGAAAACAUAACUCAAGAACGUGAUCAGCUUUUAAACUUGGCCAGUUGCUUGGAAAAUGAGAAGCAUGGCGUUCUCAACAAAAUAGUAGAAGGGAAUGUACGUCUAGGAAGAUUAGAAGAGAAAGUGAAGGUGUAUAAAAAGACCGCUGCUGGGAAGCUUGGAGACAUCAGCCUCAAAGUGACAGAACAGGAGAAGGAAUUUGCUGGGAAGGCUGCUCAGUACCAGCGAGAGAUGAAGCACCUCCAGCGGCGGCUGCACGAGAAGCAGGAAACCCUUGAUGAAGUGCUGCAGCAGAAAAGGGAAAUGGAACUUGAACUUGAAAUAAUUUGGGAAUCAACCACCAAAGAAAACAGGAGGAUGAAGGAACUCUUGCAUAAAUCUCUGGAGAAGAGGAACACGCAGAGUCCUGUCAAAGCUCAUGAAUCACAUUUAGCUGACAUUUCUCAGAAAGACCUGCUGGGUGGGUAUGGUUUUAGCUACUGUGAUGUGGAGCUUUCCUUCCUUUCUAAAACUCAGAGUCGACAGGAACCUGUGUGUUAAGGACACAGAUGUUUCUGCCUCUGCCAGGGCAGAAAGAAGGGAAAGAAAGAAACUAAAGUGGUCGAGCAGGAACCCAACAAGCACCCAAAAAUGUAAUCUACCAAAGGAGGCUGCAAUUCUUUUUGGCGAUAUUAAGGGGUCUAGAAAUCUGUACGGCUGUGAUGUGUCUUACAUGAUAGGGAAUAUGGCCUAUCGGUCCUUCAGGGCCCUGGGAAUCUUAGCAUUCAUUCCAAAAAGAACAUUUCUAGCCCUUAUGGACACAAGGAAAAUUCUGUAAACGCAGCCAGCUUCUGCUAGAUAUUUAGAAAGGCGAAGGGAUUUGGAUGGAGCUUCUAAUUGUCAAGGAGUGUCAGGUCUUCCUCUAGCGUAAACGUUGCCCCUCUACCUCUCUUGGUGCUUGUUGGUGGCUCUUUCUCAUACCUAUGAACACUUACCUGGGAUUAUGCCCCAUUGAACACAGUGGGACUUGCUUCUGAGUUAAAUGUACUUAGGAUCGCAUUGCCAGUAAUUGUAGCAUUUAAAAGGAAGUGGGAAGAAGAAUAUAGAAUAGCGAAGAUAACAGAAGUAGCACUCUUCUGAUCUCUCUAGUCUGUUUUGUCUUGAAGCAAUCAACACAGUCCCUUUGUACAUUGCAGGUCUAAUUACAGGUGAAUUAUACACCUGUAAUUCACAAACGCCUCUUUCUGGAAGCAGCCCGAUACAGUUAUUUCUCUUUUCCAGGAACGGAAAUUUUAAAAUCCCUCAAUAUUCCUUAUUAAAAAGUGUAACUUCAGUUUUCUGGUCACAAAAUUUGGAGUUUUAAAAGCACAAUGCCAGCCAUGCAGGGUAAUAGUAGCAAGUUCAUGAAAGUGUUAGCCUCUGUCUAAACAACACUGUUUAGUUUUUUAAAACCUUACAUUCUUCCAUAUUGUCAAUAAGCCGUCCAUUUAUUCACACCAAAGAAAAUUGGUGCAGCCGUAGCUACUGCUGUAGAACCAUUUGCACUAAUUAAAGAAUUUAUUAAGGAACUGUAGAAUUGGCUGUAAUUGCUGGAUUGGGCCUGAUUUAGCUGUGCUUUUACAGAGGUAGGGACAAAGGGAAAAGAAAGUGACUCACCCAUGUAACACCUGAUCUUUUAUCAAAAAGCUUAAGAUAAUUUCUAGUAUUGUGAGGCUUAUGCAGUGUUCAGCUGGAGACAAAGUGGGAGAUUUAGUUGGGGGAUUUCUUUUUCUUUUCUUCACAUACAAUUUUGUUUUAAAAUGAAGUUGAAAAUGCAGGCAAUAAAAAGGAAGAACACGCAAGAACUCAACAAGAUCAUGAAUUAUGAGAAAAAGAGAAAUAAGUAUUAAAAAAUGAACCCUUGUAAAUCACAGUCCUUAGUAUAUCAUGGAUGGCUUUGCGAGACAGUUAAAGUAAACCAGGCAUGAGGAAAGAACCAGUGAUGAGUGAGAGCUUGAGUGUGUGAGUUACGUAACUGAAUCACAGUCAGAAAUAAAUAUAAGCACUUUUUUUUUAUCUGAAUGUGGUCAGAAGCUUGAAAGGUUUCCAAAUAGGAGAUUAACAGAAACCAAGGUGCCAUAACAUCUUUUUUAAAAUUGGAAUUCCUUGUUUGCUGCGUGAGUUUGUAUAUAAUCAUGGUCUUCCAAAUGUUAUCAAUCCACUGCUGCUUAAAAGGUUGCUAAGGAGAUUGCCAAUUACAUGGUGUACUUGACUUCACUACAGAAUGCAAUUGCUUAAGAAGGCCCUUGUGCAGGAAUCUAGGGUUGCUAGGUUCAAAAUGAUGAAGAACCACAGGUUUAGAAAGUACCUGUGGUCUAAUGUGGAGAAGUUCCCAGCAGUAAUCGUCAACAGCCUUCCAUAGCUCCUGCACUGUUGAAUGGUCCUGCCAAAGAUAGGGAAAUUGUCCAUACCCUUUCCCACAGUAGUAGCUGUAGUUUGGACAUAUUAGGUGAAGCCUGGCGGGGGUAAUGUUCCAGCUAUUCAGAACUUUGUAUUGUGCUUUAUUUGUGUUGAAUGAUAAUGUGGCAAAAGACCACCAGAUACCUCAUAUGUCAACUUCCUCCAGAGUUAUACCCAAGUCAUGCUCUCAGGUUUAUACAUAGGAGGAGAAGGCAUGUAGAGAUACAGAGACUAGGUUUGCAUGAUCAGUGGCUUAAAUGAGCCUCGGUGGUUUGUGGCGCCAUUGUGAAUAUUCAAGCCAUGGUGGGUGGUCACUGUGGCUUUGCAUGUUGUGCCUGCUCCUGCACAAUAACCCAGGUUUUUUUUAAAAAAACCUGAUGGGUUAUCAUUACUUGCAAAUGAGGCCAUUCUAUGUUCAAAAGAUCACAAGGCUAUGACAUCCAAAGGCAGUGGAACUUCCAAGAGCAGAAUCCUAGAACAGGAGGGAGAUGUUCUUUUACCAUCUAAAUCACUACUUUAUGAUGUUUCAGUUGAUCCUAAUAAAAAGGAUUAUACUAUAGCUGCUUUUCCCCACUCCCUAAUAGACCAACACAGCUACGUA